AGGGAGGCUCCGUUCUACCUCGGCCGUCGCCGCAUACACGCUCGGCGACCGCUAGAGGGCAGCGCAAACAUUUUCAAAGUUGCGUUUUGCAACAAACAUGAAGGAUACACGCUCCCCUUUCAAAGUUUUUCUUUCCCUAUACAAGUGAGGCUGUUUAACAUCCCCCCCACCUUAAACGGAACGGACGUCCAUCGUCGUCGAUGGCAGCCUGAGAUGUUCCCAACCUCCAGACGCACACAAACUAACUAACGCACGCGCAGUGUCAUCAUUCCCAAAGUGAUGAGGGAGGAGGCGGCCGCGGCGUCGUCGCGCGUUCGUGCGUGCGUGCGCGCGCGCGUAAAGGAGAGGAGAGCAGCGGCCGCCAUGUUAACCAAGAAGCCCGGAGCCUCGGUCUUCCCGACGGGCAAAGGGGGCGAGCCGGUCUUCUCUCCCGUUCACGGCGGCUCUCUGACGACGUCGCCCGUCACGCUGCCGCCUCUGCGCAACAACAACCUCAACCCGCCGACGGGUGGCGCUAAAGCGGCCAUGUCGGAGGGCGCGCAGUCUCAGGUGCACAUCACGCAGCUGUUCGACGACAACGGCCUGAAGCGUCCGCAUCUGAGCGGUCAGCCCAACGGCCCGGCGCCGCUGGCCCCCUCGCGGCCGGGCCCGCCCCCGCCGGUGAGCCACGCCCCCUCGGUCGGCCAGGAAGCGGCCCACCACGGCCGCCCCGGCGCCGUUUCGCACAAGCCGGUUGAGGGCAAGGCCAAGGCGGUCGCCGCCACGCCCGAGCAGGCCAUGAAGCAGUUUAUGUCCAAGAUGUCGUCCUUCGAACACCACGAGGUUUUCAGCUACGCCGAGGUCUACUUUGUGGGUCCCAAUGCCAAGAAGAGGUCGGGAGUUCUGGGAGGCGCCAACAACUGCGGCUUCGAUGACGACCAGGGUUCCUACAUCCAAGUCCCGCACGACCAAAUCGCGUACCGAUACGAAGUCCUCAAGGUGAUCGGAAAGGGAAGCUUCGGACAGGUGGUGAAGGUGUUCGACCACAAGUCCCAGACGCACGUGGCUCUGAAGAUGGUGCGCAACGAGAAGCGCUUCCACCGGCAGGCGGCCGAGGAGAUCCGGAUCCUGGAGCACCUGCGCAAGCAGGACAAGGACUCCAGCAUGAACGUGAUCCACAUGCUGGAGAACUUCACCUUCCGCAACCACAUCUGCAUGACCUUCGAGCUGCUCAGCAUGAACCUCUACGAGCUGAUCAAGAAGAAUAAGUUCCAGGGCUUCAGUCUGCCCUUGGUGCGCAAGUUCGCGCACUCCAUCCUGCAGUGUCUGGACUCGUUGCACAAGAACCGCAUCAUCCACUGCGACCUCAAGCCCGAGAACAUCCUGCUGAAACAGCAGGGCCGCAGCGGAAUCAAGGUGAUCGACUUUGGCUCCAGCUGUUACGAACAUCAGAGAGUUUACACCUACAUUCAGUCCAGGUUCUACCGGGCGCCAGAAGUCAUUCUUGGUUCCAGGUACGGGAUGCCUAUCGACAUGUGGUCCCUGGGCUGCAUCCUGGCCGAGCUCCUGACGGGUUGCCCGCUGCUUCCGGGUGAGGACGAGGGCGACCAGCUGGCCUGCACCAUGGAGCUUUUGGGAAUGCCCGGCCAGAAACUGCUGGACGCUUCUAAGCGGGCCAAGAACUUUGUGUCCUCAAAAGGCUACCCGCGCUACUGCACCGUCACCACGCUGCCCGACGGCAGCGCGGCGCUCAGCGGCGGGCGCUCGCGGCGCGGGAAGCUACGAGGUCCGCCCUGCAGCCGGGACUGGAGCGCGGCGCUGAAAGGCUGCGACGACCCGCUCUUCCUGGACUUCCUCAAACAGUGUCUGGAAUGGGAUCCCGCCGUGCGGAUGACGCCCAGCCAGGCCUUGCGCCACCCCUGGCUAAGGAGGCGCCUCCCCAAACCGCCGGCCGGCAGCGCGGCCGACAAGACGGCCUCUUCCAAGCGGGCCACCCCCGCAGAGACCUCCGUCACCUCCGUCUCCAAGCUCCCCGCCGCAUCGGUCAAGAGCAGGACUAACUUGGCGCCCGUGACUGACGCCAACGGCAACAUUCAAACUCGGACGGUCCUGCCCAAACUGGUAAGCUGAGAGUCGGCGCUCCCCGCCCCAAUAGGUAAUCGUCGGACGCGGGACGUCACCCUACGCGGCGUCGGUCCGCUCCGCCCGGGCUGCGUUUGGGAAGGUUUUCCCGAGCGGACCGUUACGCCGAGACAAUCAACGCGACGGUGCUGAUGGAGGGAACAAAGGCCGCUUUGACACAUUUAUAACGAUUUGACACCCAAAAACUUUUUACUUUUUUUCCCAACAUUUGGGGGAUGUCGCUAGCCGAGUAGCUACCGGCACUCUAGUUCACAUCGGGAACUGUUGGCCAUAAGAAAAAAAAAAAAUCUAAAAGAAGUCUUACAUUGCAUUCAAUAGCUUUUGCGCUUUGUUUUCAGUCAACACGUGCUAAAAGAGGCCCUUUGUUUAUGUGCAAUUAGCACUGCCGGAUGCUAACUCUCGUGCGACUUAAUUCAGGACACGCUCUAGAAAAGCCGACAACAACUUCAUUUUGCUCAAACUGCCUCAUUAUGAGGAAGCGACACUAUCGAGCUGUUACAGGGUUCCUACUUCUAUUUGUUUUUCCGAUCUAGAGGCACAUUUCACAACAAACCUCGCAAAAAAUAUCAGUAACUUAGUAAGUCAUGUGAAGAAAUGGAAUGCCUUUCUCAAGAUGACCCCGCCUGUGUUAGUGGGCUAACAGAACACACUAGACUAGUCCUACCUAUGUACGUCGCCCGCCGGCGAUGAAAUCAACUUGAAUACGUUACUUUGUUUUCAGUACGCGCGAGGGCCGCACGAUUAUAGCCAAAAACAUAGUCCGCGCCGUUGACGACGACAGACGUCCGAUCGUGUGGCUCUUAAACACACAGUUAAAACUCACUUGAAAUGAGUUUGUCACCAGUCGGCGUCCGAUCCGUUUGAAGACGGCGACAAACUGCCGGCCCCCAACUGAAAUGGACGUCUAUCGCCGUCGACGGCAGCCGACGAGUUAGUCGUCAGCAAUUAAAUAGAAGUGGCGACACUUCAAGUAUCGAUGACAAGAUUUUUUAAAGGGCAAUGAGGCGUAUAGAGAAAGAAGCAAGGAAUGUUAUCAAGGAAGAUUUAAAUAAUCAGGCGAAACUACUGAUCACAGAUCAAAUUCAAUGAAUUGCGGCGGCACCAGUUAGCGCUUUGGUUUUUGGCUCCUCCGUUAGCUUUGCGCCAACGCUAUUUCAGGAAAAGAUACGCACAAAAUCCGUCAUUUUGCUCAAACUGCCAGUUGGACUCCAGCCCGGAGCGGCAAUCUAACAAGGAUUCGGAAACGGCCGGAUUGUCCGCUCAGAAUUUUGGUUGUCCAGUCGAUGUGGCUAAAGCGCGGCGUGAGCAAAUAGAGAUGACGGCUUUGUUUUGAAAAUACUGCCAACAACUCAAGGUGUUUACACUGCAGGUAAAAAAAAAAAAAAAUUAUGAUGAAGAGUCUGUGUCAACGUGUGUUCCACUGUGAGGGCGUUAGCCAUUUUAAGCCAUUUUUUUACCCUCUUUGCGUGUGUGUGUGUGUGUCUCCAAUAUUUAUGAAUAUUUAUUACAGACAUUUUUUUUUACCGGGACGUGCAGCAAAUACUUGAAUGUGUGAAGAUUUGUUCAAAAUCGAAAAAACGCCGACGUAGGGCGGGAGAAAGCCGACUCGCCGACCCGUUUUGGGAUUUUUUUACCCCCCGCGAGUCAAGAGGGUGACGGCGAAACUUUUUGUGCCUUCAAAGAUCUAGACGCCGCGCAAAAACAAAGACGAUGCCGUCUGAACUCAUCGCAACAGGAUGUCACGCUCGCUAAAAGGCGGGGUUCGCCGCAGACGCGGAACCCGCCAAUCGUCCGUCGCCGGUGGCGGCGGCGCGGAAUUAACGCUAGCUAAUCGAGCUCGUUGUCAAAAUGCACUAACGCUCAUUUUCCUCAGAGUCACAAUACCCCUUAUGCUAACCUCUUUGAGCUAGACGUAAGCUAUCAGUUAAUUUUUUUCUCGGGCUAACUGAACAAGAGCAAAUCAAACGCUCGCGUGUUUAUUUUCUGUUAACGACGCUGCUAGAACUAGCGCCACUGUCUCAAUACCUCAAAUUCAGCUCAGUUGUGAUGACAACAAGGUGACAAAACACCGGGGGCGUUCGGUCCAAUCUACCAAAGUGCAUUCCUUUACUACCAGGCUAGCGGCGAGCUAGCGCUAGAGUGGACUUUAGCGAAAGAUGGCGGUCGAGCGGCGGGAAAAACGGCACCGUAUUUUUGUAGCGUUUUUGUUUUUUAAUUCAUUCGAAUGCAGUCGUGCAGACAAAGGAACGCCGCGGCCAGUUUUACUAUGUACUGUAUCCACUGAAAGGACGCUACACACGUGCGCACACUUUUUCUAGUGAACCUUUGUUACAUUUUAUUGUGGUGGAAUAUGAAUAUUAUGAAUAAAACUUUUAUUGACCACAUUUGACCUCUUUUGCAAUGAAUGAACGCAUGAAUGGACGAGAGUCAAAACAUGACCACGCGGCCAAUGAGGAGCGCGUAACCUACGAGCCGACGCGUUUGUUGUCAUGGUGACCUGACGUGAAAGAUCACGAUUUGGAUGAAAUGGUCAAUACUUUGGUCUUACACAAAACAAGGAUGCUAGUGAAGUUUCAGAUUUAUAGUUUGACAUGAUCAUCAAUGUACUGAACUGUCAUGAGAUACUUUUAAUCAGGAAAAAAAAGAAAUAUAUAUUUCCUCAGGUAUACGACCUUACAGGAUUUCCACUUAGCUUAGUUUAGCGUGACCCACAAACCCAGUUGAAUGCGAGCCGUCUCGUUUCCCGUUGCCGUCGUCAGCAACAAGCGAGCGCCGUACGACGUUUUCUUAACCCCAAUGACAGCAAGAAAAGACAGACACAAACCGUUUGAAACUUUUCCGUCAACACUCGGGAGCGCCGCGAGAAUUGCUUUGGGCCUUCCUCCUAAAAAUAACCCCGAGGGUCUCGGAGUUCGUCUCAGUGGAAAAGAGCGGUGUCGGAUUUGCCAGAUGCCAGAGUUGAGUUUAUUUCCAGCAACUGUCUUCAUCACGCACACGUGUACGCGUGUUGGCAUCAACGUGAGCGGGGACUGCAACCUUCCUCGUCACGCAGACACCUUGCGAGUAUGUAUUCAUGCUACGCCGGCAACGAUUCAUCUCCAAAAUUUUAUCUCGUAGCAAGAAUCCUUUUGACGGCGCUCGACGCCCAGUCAGGGUUCGCUCGUUGGCUGACACCCUCCCAGUUCAAAUGGAUUGAAGGUUUACAAGUGGUCAACGCAUUGGCGGGAGGAAUAUACUGUAAAUUGAUCGAAAUUGGAAAUGAAGCGAUUUUGCACUCUGUAAACGUUGGCACUCACUGCAAACGGAUGAGCUUGAUCUCCAGGUGAGGUUCUUCUUGACGCCAUCUGUCAGGAGUGAACAGUCAAUUAGAUGCUGCCAUCUAGCGUGCAAAAGUGCAGCACUCUACCAGACUUUCACAAGGGCGAUGAGCCAGAGUUCAUAUAACUUUUCUGCAAUGUAACCGAUGACGCGCGCCUUACCGCACGGCCACCACUAGGUGUCAUCAAGCGCACACAAAUAUGAACGUAUCAGAGGUAGGCAGAAGAAACACUUGGCUAAUGAGUGUUGUUUACGGCUCGAGCAAAAUGGUAAAGCCCGAGCUGAAAACAACAUGCUUCUCAUUUAUUGCAAGUAGCAAAACAAUAACAUGCCGUAAACAAAUUAUUGUCAUUAUUGGCAUCGGACGAAAACCCCCGACGUCGCUAUUAAGUCAAAAAUCGACCGGUGACCGCUGUUCACAUUGGCGUGCUACCUACCGCGAUAACGAGCACAACUACUCAAAUAUGCACUUAAUACGUGACAGUUUCCAUUUUCAUAAAUCAAAUUCCUUCCCUCGUCAAUGUUUGUAGUUUAAAAAGAAACUUCAUCACAACCUGCUGCUGUCGGUGUUCACUUUGAUUGAAGUGUUGGAACGCUCCACGGCAAUUUGGCGCCCAGCUGCAAGUGUGUCUUGUUUGGUACUUUCAUUUGGACUCGAACGCUACCUACUGGACUGGAGUGUCCAAAAAAAAUCACGACUUUAUUUUUCUAUGGAAGCUCUUUAACCAAUAUAUAACGGCAACCGAAACGGUGACUUUGUGAAGGUAUGGUAUUCUUUUUAAGUGACAAAAUGAAGUCAAAUGGUGAUUUUAUUUGUACUCGCCUGUCAGCUAAACAUCUAUCUAGCCUAUUAAGUGACUAAACAGAUUUAUAGAUACAGAAGUAAGAGGGACCAGAAAGCCUAUUAAGUGACUAAACAGAUUUAUAGAUACAGAAGUAAGAGGAACCAGAAAACGAAGUAUUUUAAGGGUUAGUAAGAGUGAAAUAAGCAGAUGACUUGUUCUUCCCAGGUGGGAAAAAUAGACAGAGUCAUCCACUUCAUUUGAAAUGGUCCACUCUAAAGUGAUAUACCUCGAAAGAACUGAAAAUCGUGACGUCCACGCGGGAUGGAAAUUUGAGACCGGCAACAUUGUUUUAUCGGACGGGGAGGUCUCCGAAAAGGAGCCGCUGAAUUUGGAUGACACGCAUCCUGUUUCACCAACAGCAUCACCGAUGCCAUCCAGCGAGUCAGUGAAGAAGACGGUUGUCUAUUCAGAGGUCAUGUACAUGUACUACGAGAAGUCGUUGCUCAGUUCUCUGAUGCUGGCCCUCAAGAGGCUGAUGUUCGGCUUGUACUGCCAGAUGCAGCACCUGAGGUGGGUUACCAGGCCCGGAGUG